AUCGACGCGCGCAGUUCGUUUCAAGCACUCCGGUGGGCGUAGUGUACUUCUUGGUUAUACGCUCUUCUUCGCAAAAGGACAGUUUUUUUUAUCUAUUGUACGAUAUCAGUAAUUCUUUCAUCAUGACAGAAAAUCGCAAAGAAGUGAGAGUAUGGUGUGACGGAUGUUAUGACAUGGUACACUUCGGCCACGCAAAUUCUCUGCGCCAAGCGAAGGCAUUAGGUGAUUAUUUAGUUGUGGGUAUACAUACUGAUGAAGAAAUUGCUAAGCAUAAGGGGCCACCAGUGUUUAUGGAAGAGGAAAGGUAUAAAAUGGUUCGUGGUAUUAAAUGGGUAGAUGAAGUUGUAGAAGGUGCACCUUAUGUUACAACAUUGGAGACAUUAGAUAAAUAUAAUUGUGAUUUUUGUGUACACGGAGAUGACAUUACUAUGACAGCAGAUGGUAUAGAUACAUACCAUUUGGUCAAAGCAGCAGGUCGUUACAGAGAAGUUCAAAGAACUGCUGGUAUUUCAACAACUGAUCUAGUAGGACGUAUGCUGUUAAUGACGCGGCAGCAUUUUAAACAAGGAGAUAGUGAAUAUAGCGUUGAUAGAGAACCUAGUAAAAGAAUGGGGCAAGAUCGAUCAGCUAGAUGUCCAUGGACAGGCUGUUCACAAUUUUUACCUACUACACAGAAGAUUAUUCAGUUUAGCGAUGGAAAGAGUCCACAACCUGGAGACAAAAUUGUUUAUGUAGCAGGAGCAUUUGAUCUCUUUCACGUUGGUCACUUAGAUUUCUUAGAAGUCGCUAAGAAAGAAGGUGAUUAUCUCAUAGCUGGAUUACAUACAGAUCCAGUAGUUAAUCGUUACAAAGGUGGUAAUCAUCCAAUUAUGAAUCUUCAUGAAAGAGUACUUAGUGUUCUAGCAUGCAAGUAUGUUAAUGAAGUAGUAAUUGGUGCACCAUAUGAAGUUACAAAAGAUCUUAUGGAACAUUUUGAUGUUUCUGUCGUUUGCCAUGGUCAGACUCCUAUAAUGCCUUGUGAAGAUGGUACAGAUCCAUAUGCUGAGCCUAAGCAGCAAAAUAGAUUUAAAUUGUUGGAUAGUGGUAAUGAUAUGACAACAGAAAAAAUGGUUGAACGCAUUAUACUUCACAGAUUGGAAUUUGAGGAUAGGAAUUUAAAGAAGGAGAAGAAAGAGUUAGCAAUAAUUGAGGCAUUAGGAAAGUCUCAGAAAAAAGGGAGGACUGAAUAACUUACUCUGAAUAUUCGGAGCGUGUGAUAAUCAUAUUCUAUGGAAAUACUUGUAAAUACGAUAUCACACUGAUAUUUAACUUAUUUGCUUAUGUUAAAACAUAUAUGUGGCUUAAUUAUUUAUGAUUACCAUAGAUAGUUAAAGUAUUAUCGCGUAAAGUGUUACUUAGCAUUUUUCGGGAAUUCAACGAAAAAGGAAUAAGAGAUACAACGACAGAAGUGCAUAAAUAAUGAUGCACACCUAUAAAUCUUGAAUUAAAAGGAGAAACAUAGAGUAAAGUAUUCUGUGUUACUAUUAGACUA